AUGAAGUUCAGUUCCUCCUUGAAGUUCAAUGCCGUAGCGGAGUGGUGGGACGAGUACAUUGCUUAUGAAGCGUUGAAGAAGCACGUCUACCAGCUCGAGAAGCAGAAGGCAGGCCUUCAGGAGUCUUACCACGACCUCGAGGCGAACGAGCGCAGCGCUCUCAUCGGCCGAGACAGCUCUGGCGCCGACACCGAUGCGUUCUUCGUCCCCCUGCUCGACCGCGAGCUGAAGAAGAUAUCCGUCUUCUAUGAGACGGAAGAGCAGCGCCUGUCGGACGACAUAACGGCACUGCAGCAGGAGAUUGCCCAGCACGAGGAGAACGGACCGUACGCGGGGCACCAUUACGUGGACGAGUCUGGGGAGGACGACGACGAGGACGACGACUUUGAGCUGCAAAGCCCGACGGCGACGUUGAAUCAGGACCAGACGCAGUCGCCCAGCCGAAGGAGACGGAGGCAUUCGCGGUCAGCGAGCAAUGCUCCGCCUUGGGCAGGAAACAGGCAGCCACUGGACCAGAUAUUCCCCAAGCUUAGCGACGACGAACAUGAGGACAUUGAAGCGAGCGUCGCCUCGCUCGAGCCCAAUGGCGGACCCUCUGGUACAGGAGUCGGACGGGGGAGCAGCAAGUCGCCUCUUGUUCGAGCUCGGGCUAUCGCGCGGACGCUGAAAGACAGCCUGAUUUCGACCACGAGCUCCAACUUGCCGGAGUCGGUGUGGACGGCGCGGAACAAUUACGCGCAGGACACGCAGCUGCUGUUCAAGCGCAAGAUCACGAACCUCUACGUUGUCGCGACAUCGCUCAAGUCAUACAUCGAGCUGAACUACUCUGGGUUCCGCAAGAUCCUGAAGAAGUAUGACAAGGUGACGGAGAGCAAUCUCCAGGACCGCUACCUCCACGACGUUGUCGAGCAGGCGGUGCCCUUCCAACAGGCCUCGAAAGACAAGCUGAACACGAAGAUCUCGCUCCUGAUCGACCUCUACGCGCACUGCGUGACACGCGGGGACUCGGUUGAGGCACGGCGGCAGCUGAAGCUCCACCAGCGCGAGCAUAUCGCCUGGGAGCGCAACACCGUGUGGCGACAGAUGAUCGGCCAGGCCAGGCGUGGGGAGGAUGGCGGGAUGAUCGCGAUGGGCGGCACGCUGAUUGUCGAACCUGAGAAGGGGUUGCUGAAUGUGCAGACGCCGGCGGGGCGGAUCAAGCUGACGUCGCAGAUGCUGUACUUCACGAUCGCGGUCGUAGUGUUCGGCGUGCUGCUGAACGUGGAGGUCGUAGAUGGAACGCAGGCAAACAGGUGCUUCGCGAUACUGGUGUUCGCGACGAUCCUGUGGGCGACGGAGGCUAUUCCGCUGUUUGUGACGUCUACGCUCGUGCCGUUGCUUCUCGUUGUCCUGCGAGUGAUUCGCGACGGGGAUAGACCUCUCUCCGCCCCCGAUGCAACCAAAUUCGUCUUCUCGAAGAUGUUCUCACCGACAAUCAUGCUCCUUAUAGGUGGCUUCACCAUCGCAUCGGCUAUUAGCAAGACGGCAAUUGACCGUGUCCUCAUUACACGAGUCUUGAGCAUCGCUGGCGAACGUCCGAGCACGGUGAUAUUGGCGUUCAUGGGGGUUGCCUGCUUUGCUAGCAUGUGGAUCAGUAACGUAGCAGCGCCCACUCUUUGUUUCACUCUUGUUCAGCCCAUUCUGCGAACACUACCACCCAAGUCGUCGUUUGCCCCUUGCUUGAUUAUCGGUAUCGCACUUGCAGCCAACAUCGGUGGUCAGAGCUCUCCCAUUUCCUCACCUCAGAACCUCAUCGCGAUCGGCCAAAUGGAGCCCCCAUUAGACUGGGGCUCCUGGUUCGCCGUCUCGCUUCCCGUCUCGGCCAUCUCCAUCGUGCUCAUCUGGCUCCUGCUGCUCGCCGCCUACCGCCCGGCGCGCUCGCCCACGGGCGACGGCGACAUCACGAUCAAGCCGAUCCGCCCCGCUCGCGAGCGGUUCAGUGCGAAGCAGUGGUGGGUCACGUUCGUGUGCCUGCUGACGAUCGCACUCUGGUGUGUUGCGCACUCGAUACAGGAGUACAUCGGGGACAUGGGCGUGAUCGCGAUCAUUCCGAUCGUCGCGUUCUUCUCGACGGGCGUGCUGAAGAAGGACGACUUUGAGCAGUUCCUGUGGUCGGUCGUGUUCAUCGCCAUGGGUGGUAUCGCCCUCGGACAGGGAGUGACGAACAGCGGCUUGCUCAACAUCAUCGGAGACGGCAUCAGGCAUUCGAUCUCGGGCAUGGAUCUGUACCCCGUCGUGCUUCUUUUGUCCGCUAUUGUUGUCGUCAUCUCAACAUUCAUAAGCCAUACAAUCGCCGCGGUGCUUCUCGUGCCCAUUGCGCAGGAAGUUGGCAAGAGCAUACCGGGGGGCGAUUACUCGAACCUCCUCAUCUUCAUCACCGGUCUCAUCUGCUCAACGGGAAUGGGAAUGCCUGUCUCAGGCUUCCCGAACCAGACUGCGGCGACACAAGUGGAUGAGAUGGGCCAGCUAUACCUUUCGAACGUCGACUUCCUGAAAGUCGGCGUUCCUGCAAGUCUCAUCGCAACCACGGUUGUCGCUACCGUUGGAUACCUGCUCAUGAGGGUGAUCGGUAUCUAA